AUGUCGUUUAAGGAUCAUGAUCGAAGAUAUGAAAUGGACAUGCAAACUUUAACAGAACAGAAGAAAUCUUUUCAAAAGUAUUUCUUUUACAACUUCAAUCUUUUCUAUGCUUUUCCUAGAUCUCAUCACAAAUCGAACUACGUGCAACCAAUUGCUACUUCAGUGAUGAAAACUGGAAUGAAAACCAUCUUGUGA